AUGGGGAUAUCUCCGUCCAGUCUUUUGGAUGAAAAAAAUUCCAACUUCAUUAGAGAGCGGACAGAUGCAGAGCUGAAGAAGUUCAGCCCAGUCUACAGGAAGCAGUUCUCACUGGCCUACCUGGCUCAGGUGCAAGAUGAAAUGCAACAGCACGAAGAGAAAAGGACCCAACUUCUCAAACAGAGACCCCCUCGAGCGGCGGGAGAGGUGUUGUAUGAGGAGCAUGUGCUGUAUUUUGACGACAACAGGAAGUGGAGGGAGAGAUAUGCGGUGGUGCGUGCCAACUACUGCCUGGAGUGCCACGAGAGCUACGAGACCUUUGUGAAAGGGGCUGCUCCUCUGCAGAAGCUCUUACCCACUGGAGGCACUAUUUUAACCUCAGAGGAUAAAUAUAUGGCUAUGGUGGACAAGUGCUUCCCUGACACAAACAAUCUUAAGGAGGAUUUUGCCCCUCCUGUGGCUGGCAUGCCAGGACAGUUUCCCGUCUACCUUCGACUACCUUACCGCAGGGACUCCUACUUCUGUUUCCGCCAAGAGUCCAGGCGAACCGGGUUCAUCUCCAUUCUGUCUGAUUGCAUUCGUCAUCAGAACCAAGAUUUUCUGAAAAAGAAGACAUGCGAAGUUAAAGCGUUUCUUAAAGCCAUUCAGCUCUACCGACAGGAGAGCGGACACUAUGAAUCCUGGGAUAUGCUGAUCGGCAGUGACGUAAGGGUUCUGGCUAACCUGCUGAUGGGAGCUUUGUUACCAUCUCUGGAGAAGGAGAUGCUCCCUCGUCUGAAAGCUAAGAAGACGGAGAAGAAGAGAGUAUGGUUUGCUACGGUAGAGGCAGCCUACAUCCUGGUGCAGGGGCGUUUGUUGGAGGGGCUGAAUGCUCUAAAAGAGGAGUGCAGAGAGACAGCCAAGAGACAGGAGGUGCUGAUGCGCUCCGACAUGGACGAGAUCAUCAGUUCCAGAACCUUCCUGGAGGGCAAGCUCAAAACCAUGGUAACAGAGCCAACAGAGAGGUACUGCUCAGAAAAUGUGCAGCCGUUCCUACCUGCGAUCUUGGAGGAGAUCAUGGGGCCAAUCAGCUUAGGCUUUACAGAGGCACGGACUCUGACUGAGCAUAUGAUGGACCAGUUAUAUGAUGACUUCCAGCAGGGAGGGGACAUGGACAGCCUCAAACAGGCUCUGAUGAAGAUGAGUAAGGCUGACUUGGAGAGCUGUUAUGAGAAAGUCAGCGCCCUGAAGGAUCACGAGCAGGAACUUCAGCAACGCUUCAUCUGUCCCAACAGGAAAAGCCUAGAACACAGCACCCAGAUUGACAUACAGCAGCUGGUGGAGAAUGCAGUAUACACCUUUGAGCUUCUUCUGUUCAAGUCUUUGGAGGAUAAUCCAAACAACCUAGCACAGGCCAUAGAGAAGUCCAAACUGAGAGUGCUGAAGCAAUAUGACUAUGACAGCAGUACAGUGAGAAAGAAGAUCUUCCACGAUGCCCUCAUCAGCAUCACAUUACCCAGCAUUAAGAAACACCUGGCCCCCACCUCAAAAGAGGAGCUACCAAAGUACGAGCAGUACAUCUUUGCCAACCACACCGAUUUCAUCAAUGUGGAAAAUGUUUAUGAGGACAUUUUGCAGCAAAUUCUACAAAGGGAUGUUAGCAGAGUGGUGGACGAGGCAGCCAGCCUGAAGAAAUACAAUCUGUUCAUGGAGAGCAGAGACCGCUUCAGUCUGUCCAGCCUGCCGCGCACGCCACCUGACAGCCCCGUCAAGGCCAGCGCCUUCCAACGUCCCUCCACCCCUGCGUCCCCUCUGCUGGGCAACGGCCUCGAGAGGUUCACGGAGGUGACGGCGGCCACGGGCGCGGAGGUAGCAGAAGCAGGCGCGGAGGUAGCAGAAGCAGGCGCAGAGGUAGCAGGAGCAGAGGUGACCGGACCUUCGGAAACGGUGGCGACGGAGGUGAGCGGAGCUGUAGACGCAGAGGAAGUCAACGCUCGUCCCGCCGUCCCCGCGGAAGGGGCCGUGAAACGGGAAGAAAUAAGCCUUGCGAUACAACCCGAAACGCCAGACACGUGCGUCGCUCCUGACACCGAGGCAGCUCUGAAAUCGGAGGCCCCCGCAGACGCUGCGGAGCCGGGAAGGUCCUCACCUAGCCCCGAACCUGUCGCUGUGAAAGGAGAAUGUAUCGAAUCACAGUGUCUCAGCACCCCUGCAGAGGCUGAAGCCGGAACUGACAGUAGCCACAAUGGCACAGAUGAAAUAACAGCGCCCCCUGCUGGAAAGGCCAGUAACAGCGCUCCGGCUACUCCUACCUCAGUGCUACUCCAUGAGAUCAGAGAGAAGCAUGCGGUAUCAGCAGAGGCCUGCUCUGAUGAUGCAUCACGGGUCACUGAGGAGGAGAAAGUCUCCGAAGGAACAGAGAGCGGAAUAGAGGAAGGCGACCCCAGGUCAGAGGUCAAUGAAAGCGUCACAUCCGACAACAAUGACAUCACGAAGGAGGUCAUAGAGUGUGCUCCCUUCUCUCCUGUCGAUGACACUAGUGCCGCACAAGAAGACACGGAGGCCAACGCUGAUGUCACCCAGGCCGAGCAUUCUAAGACCACUACAGAAGGUCACCCCACUGAAUCACAAGGACAGGACCCAUCCCCCGAAGAGUCGGCUGCUAAACCCCCGGACUGCGUGAAGGCAAUCCGUGACCUGGUGGUGGAGGUCAUCGAGGUGGAGGAAGUCGUCCAGCAUUACCCCGGAGAGGAGGACGACGUCGUGUGA